AUGCGACUUCACGUCAACAUCUUUGACACCGACAAGGCUCAGUUUACAAUCUUGCCAGACGUAAUUGCUCUACCUGAUGCGGAGGACGAUCCCUCCCUGAAGAGGAACUCAGACCUUGAAUUUCAAUACGAGUCUAGCCCGUUUGCGUUCUGGAUCACUCGGCGGUCAGAACCAGACGCCCAGCCCCUGUUCGACACUCGUACAAGCUCGCUGCCUUCUACUCCAAUCCCACCGAUCAUCGCGAGCGAUAACAGUACUGCUCUGGACGGCUUUCCACUUGUCUUUGAGGACCAGUAUCUGCAGUUAACGUCGGCGCUUCCUCUGGGUGCCAACAUCUACGGGCUUGGUGAAGUCCUAUCCAGUAGUGGUUUCCGGAGAGACAUAGGUACGGAUGGCGGGGUUGGAACCAUACAGACGCUAUGGGCACGGGACAGCCCGGAUCCUAUAAACCAGAAUGUGUAUGGCUCGCACCCCAUCUACUUGGAACACCGUUACAACCAGACGACAAGACACUCUCAAUCUCACGGUGUUUUUCACUUUGGUGCCGCGGGAUCUGAUAUCCUCCUGCUGACGCCCCCUUCUUCUCCGGUCUCGGUGAUCGAAUACCGGCUCCUCGGCGGCACGCUUGACUUCUACUUUUUCUCUGGACCUAGUCCUCAGAAGGUCAUCGAACAAUAUGGAGACCUCAUCGGCCACCCUACGUGGCUACCCGCCUGGGGAUUCGGAUUUCAACUCUCUCGGUGGGGCUACAGUGACGUGAACGACACGAGGGAUCAAGUGGUGAAGAUGCGCGAGGCGAACAUUCCACUGGAGGUCAUGUGGAAUGACAUUGACCUGUAUCAUGCUAUCCGCGACUUCACGACAGACCCCGUCAGCUUCCCCGCCGAAGAAGUACGGGCGUUCAUUGACGAGCUGACCGCCAAUCAGCAACACUAUAUUCCCAUUGUCGACGCCGCCAUCCCAAUCCUGGUCAAUGACUCCGACGUGUACGACCCGUACUCUAGGGGCACUGAACUCGACGUUUUCCUCAAGAAUCCGGAUGGCUCUCAGUACCUCGGUCAGGUGUGGCCGGGGUACACGGUUUUCCCGGACUGGUUCGCGAACAAUACCCAGUCGUUCUGGACGGAAGCCUUGCGAAACUGGUCCCAAUCUGGCGUCAACUAUUCGGGCAUAUGGCUAGACAUGAACGAGCCCUCCUCGUUUUGUAUCGGCUCAUGCGGGACUGGUGCUAAUCUGACAGCGGCGACCAUUCCGACUCAGUUCUUCCCCGGAACUCCCGGGAACUUGGUCACUGACUAUCCUGAAGGGUACAACGCAACGAUCUGGGGUCCAAGCGGGAAUAUCACAAUCAACGGUACAUUGACGUUUGGGAAUAACAGCGCAGCUAAUGCGCUCUCGAAGCGCGGUCUUGGUGCUGCAGCCGAGUCUGGCGUAAACCUCAAUACUCCGCCGUACGCUAUCCACAAUGCGGAUGGAAUCUUGUCCACGCAUACCGUCUCUACAAACGCGACCCAUGCGAACCGAGUCGUAGAGUUAGAUGUUCACAACGUAUGGGGGCUCAUGGAGGAGAAGGCCACUCACCUCGCUCUGCUCGACAUUCACCCGGGGAAGCGGCCGUUCUUGAUUAGUCGUUCCACGUUCCCCAGCUCUGGAAAGUGGACUGGUCACUGGCUCGGAGACAACAUCAGCAAGUGGCAAUACAUGUAUCUCAGCAUCCAAGGCGUCCUCCAAUUCCAGCUCUACCAGAUCCCCUUUGUUGGAGCAGAUACGUGCGGGUUCCAAGGGAACACCGACGAAGAGCUUUGCAACCGUUGGAUGCAGCUGUCCGCGUUCCUGCCCUUCUACAGGAACCACAAUGUCCGAAGCGCGCUCUCGCAGGAACCGUAUCGCUGGGACAGCGUGGCGAAUGCUUCCCGCACCGCUAUCAGCGUCCGCUACAGUUUGCUCCCUUACUGGUACACACUGUUCGCGAAUGCAUCGCUUCACGGGAGCCCGCCCAUCCGUGCGCUCUUUUUUGAGUUCCCCGACGAGCCCGAGCUCUUCGCCGUGGACCGCCAGUAUCUCAUCGGAAGGGACCUGCUAGUCACACCCGUUCUUACCCCGAAUGUCUCCUCAGUGGAUGGUAUCUUUCCGGGACAGGGUCGCGUGAUCUGGCGCGACUGGUAUACUCAGGAGGUCGUCAACGCUUCCAUAUCAACGAACACUACGUUAGGUGCGCCCCUCGGGCACAUUAACGUGCACAUCCGCGACGGAUCUGCAAUUCUACUUCACGAAGAACCAGCGUACACCAUUGCCCAGACGCGGCAAGGCCCAUAUUCCCUCCUCGUGGCGCAGGCUGCGGACGGAUAUGCAUUUGGAACAGCUUACAUUGACGACGGAGAGACGGUUCCUCCUACGCCUAACACAACGCUUACGAUGAAGGCCCGGAAGGGGGCAGUGACAAUAUAUCCCAACGGAGACUACUGGAUCACACAGCGGCUCCAUACUGUGACCGUCUUGGGAGCUGCUCAGACGUUGCCGACGGAAGUCACGGUCGACGGCGUUCAGACAGCUGCAUGGCAGUAUGAUUCUCAUGUCUACAGACUGGUCAUCAAAGCACUCAAUCUCGACUUGAACAAGCCGCACAGCGUGGAAUGGAAGUAA